AUGGUUGCAACUCUACCCUUUGAGCUUGUCAACAACAGCAAUUCAAGCAAUGUCUGGGCCUAUGUUACAGGCAUCAACAUCGCUGACGGACGACGUGUACUAUUGCAAGCAGAUGGCAAGACUCCCUACUUUCCAGAAAACCCGUCUGCAAUAGGAUCACAGCUUGCAGAAGACUGUGCCAUACCACUUGGCAAGCCAGGAAACACUGUUACCGCUACUGUGCCUCAGAUUGCCGGUGGUCGUGUCUGGUUUUCAAUUGACAGCAAGCUGAACUUCCUUCUGAAUCCCGGACCAGCUCUCGUCGAGCCCUCCGUACUCAACCCUAGCGAUCCAAACGCAAAGGUCAACUUCGGUUUCUGCGAAUUUACACUGAACGACGCUCAGCUGUACGCCAACAUCAGUUAUGUCGACUUUGUGUCCAACGUUCCCAUUGCCAUCACCUUGAAGAAUUCAGCUGGUGCAAUACAGCAUGUAUCGGGCAUGGCUGCAGAUGGACUUGAACAGGUAUGCGCCGAUCUGAAGGCUCAAGCACAGAAGGACGGAAAGCCAUGGGACAAACUGAUCGUCCAGGAAAAUGGACAGAACUUCCGUGUUCUCAACCCAUCUCAUGGAGAUGCCGUUGGAGCGAACUUCGCAGGAUAUUACGAGCCUUAUGUCGACGAAGUUUGGAACUAUUACAGCAUGGAUUCCAGAGCGUUCAAGCUUGACACCCAGGCAGGUCCAGGUGUUCUUGAUGGCAAGGUCUCAAAUGGCCAACUGCUCAUUGGCGAGGAAUCUUUCCAGAAGCCAAACACAGCAGACAUCUUCGGAUGCAAUAGUGGCCCUUUCACUACUGGACCGAAUGGUACUCGCAAUGCCAUCAUCCCUCGUCUUGCUGCUGGCUUCAUUCGUACCACCUUAGUGUCUCAAACUCAGCAGCCAUCAGAUCCCUCGACCUACUACAAGACCGAUCCGACCAACCACUACUGUCGCAUUGUGCACGAGCGCAACCUCGACAACAAAGGUUACGGAUUUGCGUACGACGAUGUGCAACCAGAAGGAGGAGCAGAUCAGUCUGGUAAAGUCAAUGACGGCGCACCUGCCCUCUUCACAAUUGCUGUAGGAGGCAACAAUGCCUACGUUGGAGAUUCACCUCCAGCCACAGCCAGUAAAGUGGUGGAGGAACAGAAGGAGCCUGCUCCAGCCCCCGAGUCCGCUCCUGCUCCUCAAGAAAACGGACAGCAGCAGCCAAUGCAGGAGAGCCGCCCUCCAGUGCCGCAGCGAAAGAGCAGUGGACUUCGUGGCAAGCUCAGUGGAUGGAAGAAGAAGUUCUUGCAGUAG